AGAGAAGGCUAGAGAGAAGGGGAGAGAGAGAGAAGACAGAGGAGAGAGAGGUGAGAAAGAGAGAGGGAGGGGAGUGCAGAUACAUUUCAGGUGGUGUCAAUUGCAGAUGAAAGAUUUGCUGAAGAUGCUACGGGCGUCAUGCUUCACUGGACUCUAUUCAACAAGUCACAUCUCUCUCCCCUCUAUCCAGCAGCUGUUAUCAGGAGCUACCUAACUUCCUACCUCCAUGCUACUCCCCCCCCCCAAUCCACCUCACACCCCUUUACCUCCCUUCAUCCAACCCCCCAGUCCCCCGCCCCCUCCCCUUCCUGCUUACCUUGGCUAAGCCCUCUUUGUAUGUUGAUUGUGGGCGGGCUAAUCCAGUUUGCAGCUGUCGUAGACCAAUGAUGAAUCACCUUUCCGUCAUUUGGCUGCAGUACCAUCACUCGGGGAGGAGGGAGGGAGGGGAGACCUGAACGAGGGAGGAGAGGCAACAGUGGUAGAAGAAGAGAGAGCGAGAGAGAGAGAAGAGAAGGGCUGAGAGAGAAAGUCUAUAGAGAGAGAAUGUCCUCUGUUCGUUUCCCAGUGCAGUUAGCCCUCUCUUCCCGCUCUUGAGACAGAAUAACAAUAAUGUUUUCUCAGACCAGCUCUAUUGUGUCAUGGAUGGGUCUGGACAGUGACACACAGCUGAAAUAACAAGGAGGGACAUUGUUUCUGUUCAGGCAGGUGGAAAGAGAGAAAAAAAAAACAGAGAGAGGCAGCCUGGUUCAGAUGAUUCCGGGCCGCUACGUAUUUCCAGGUCUAUGGACAUGCAGGAUCUAGCCAGUCCUCACAGCCGUGAAUCCCCUAAUGGUCCCAGCCUCGACAACUCCCAUAUCAAUACCAAUUCCAUGACCCCCAAUGGCACUGAAGGUGAUAACAUCACAAUGCUCACCACAGCUGACUGGCUGUUAAGCACUAGCUCACAGUCGGCUGCAGAACCAAUGAGCAGCAGUGACAUCACCACCCCAGUAGCCGACGCCUCCCUAGACAGCUUCUCAGGAUCAGUUAUUGGAACCAGUGGCUUCAGCCCAAGACAAACACACCAGUUCUCCUCGCAGAUUUACCCUUCCAACAGACCGUAUCCACAUAUUCUCCCUACUCCUUCAUCCCAAAAUAUGUCUGCGUACGGUCAGACACAGUACACCACAGGAAUGCAGCAGGCCGCAGCCUAUGCUAGCUACCCCCAGCCUGGACAACCCUACGGGAUACCUGCCUAUGGUCCAUUAUGGGCAGGCAUAAAGACAGAGGGGGGACUGAGCCAGUCCCAAUCCCCAGGACAGACAGGCUUCCUCAGCUACAGCUCAGGAUUCAGCACCCCUCAGACGGGCCAGGCUCCAUACAGCUAUCAGAUGCCAGGUGGCACGUUCACAACCACGUCAGGACUGUACGCAGGAAGCAACUCCCUCACGAACUCAACCGGCUUCAACAGUACACAGCAGGACUACCCGAGCUACCCAGCGUUCGGCCAGGGCCAGUACGCCCAGUAUUACAACAGUUCUCCCUACACCUCCCCCUAUAUGACCAGCAACAACACCAGUCCCACCACCCCCUCCACCACAGCCACCUACACCCUCCAGGAGCCCCCCAGCGCCCUGACCAGCCAGGCCCUCACGGACCCCCCAGCAGGUAGGCCCCAGGCCCCCCAGGCCACCCACCCUCCAUCCCCAGGAUCAGACGGCUCUGGAGGGGGUGGCUAUGAUGCCAGGGCCACUCAUUAUGUCGAGUACAGUACCAUCCACAGUCCUUCAACGCCCAUUAAAGAUUCAGAAUCGGAUCGAUUGCGGCGUGCCUCGGAUGGAAAGUCACGUGGCCGAGGGAGGAGGAACAACAACCCUUCACCACCGCCUGACUCUGACCUUGAGCGAGUGUUCAUCUGGGACCUGGAUGAGACCAUCAUCGUUUUCCAUUCCUUGCUCACGGGGUCUUACGCUAACAGAUACGGCCGGGAUCCCCCGACGUCUGUGUCACUGGGACUGAGGAUGGAGGAGAUGAUCUUUAACUUGGCAGACUCACACUUAUUCUUCAACGACUUGGAGGAGUGUGACCAGGUUCACAUCGAUGACGUCUCAUCUGAUGACAACGGUCAGGAUCUGAGUACAUAUAACUUUGGUUCAGAUGGGUUCCACGCGGCAGCGACCAGUGCCAACCUGUGCCUGGCCACGGGCGUGAGAGGAGGAGUGGACUGGAUGAGAAAACUGGCCUUCCGCUACAGACGAGUAAAAGAAAUCUACACCACCUACAAAAAUAACGUUGGAGGUCUGCUGGGCCCAGCCAAACGAGAAGCCUGGUUACAAUUGAGAGCAGAAAUUGAAGCUUUGACUGACUCCUGGUUAACACUGGCACUGAAAGCACUCACAUUAAUCCACUCAAGGUCAAACUGUGUCAAUAUCCUGGUGACCACUACCCAGCUCAUACCUGCCCUGGCUAAAGUCCUGCUGUACGGACUGGGGAUAGUGUUUCCUAUUGACAAUAUUUAUAGUGCUACCAAAAUAGGGAAGGAGAGCUGUUUUGAGAGGGUAAUUCAGAGAUUCGGGAGGAAAGUUGUUUACGUUGUCGUGGGUGACGGAGUGGAAGAGGAGCAAGGCUCAAAAAAGCACAACAUGCCGUUCUGGAGAAUCUCCAGCCACUCUGACCUCAUGGCCCUCCACCAUGCUCUGGACCUAGAGUACUUGUAGCUACCGCCUGGCACUACACCGCCCAGCCCAGAAACUGGCCCCUACCGGCCCCUACACAUACUGGCCCCUACCAGUCUCUACAUCAACCUACUGGCCCCUACAUCAACCUGCUGGCCCCUACCGGCCCCUACAUCAACCUACUGGCCCCUACAUCAACCUACUGGCCCCUACAUCAACCUACUGGCCCCUACAUCAACCUGCUGGC